AUGGGACAGAACAUCGACAAUGCAACCAACCACAGUGUUAACAGAGACGACGAACAUGACAAUGACAACGCAACCGAGAACAAUGUCUACAGAAGCACCGGAGGUGGCAACGACAACACAGCCGACAACAAUGUCUACGGAAACCUCGGGAGCGACAACGACAAAUCAGCCGACAUUGAUGUCUACGAAAACCCCGGAAGCGACAACGACACCACAACCGACAUCGAUGUCUACAGAAACCUCGGAAGCGACAACGACGGGACAGCCGACAACAAUGUCUACAAAAACAUCGCAGGAGACAACGACGGGACAGCCGACGUCUACGUCUACGAAAACCUCGGAAAUGGCAACGACAACACAGCCGACAACAAUCUCUACACAAACGUCGGAAGCGACAACAACAGCACCAGCAACCAUAGCGUCAACUAUAACAUCAAACGUAACGACGAUAGCAGAACCGACGAGAAUAUCAACAGAAACGUCUAA